AAGACCAAUUUGCUCUGCCCUUUUUCUUCUCCCCGCCACUUCCCCCAGAAGCUGCUUCUGUGUUCCCUUCCCUACUAAACCUCUCACGAUGUUUGUGACAUCGUUCAGCUCCAUCGUCUAGGCGCUGGAGUAGAGGAAGGCGCCCCGAGCUCCUCUGGGAAGGGCCGGGAGGGGCCGAGGUGCUAGGUGCACAGGAUUCUGGGAGUUGUAGUUCAGUUGAGCAGCCAGCUGGCGCGGCUCCGCCCAAGGAUCAAGGUACCUUUAUCGCCGGUGAGAUGGCGGGUUAGCACCGUGAGCUGACGCCAGGCCCCUCCGAGUUCGCGGAGCGCGGUGACGGACUCGGGUACGUCCCCUCUAGGUGCACCCGACCGGAGCCCUCACGCCCUUCCCUGGCGGGCGCGGGCGGUGAGGCAGUCUCUGUGGAGCCCGGAUCCGAGGCAAGCUAGUGGCUGGCAGCUGGACCAACUGUGAUGGCUCCAGACUGACUUUCUGAGGACUCAGACCUUCCCAGUGCUGGAAAACCAAAAGAAAAUGGCAUAACCGACGUGUUCCUGACUCCUGGGACUCAGGGAUUGCUGAUCUGAAUAAUGGCUGAGACUCUCACCUGUGGGGAAAGCCCAACCCUUCUUGGGGAGAUAUGCCUAGGAAGCCCGGAAAUCUGGUUUUGUGGGGGCUUCUAAUUGCCAAACCUGAUGUGAGUCGGAGUGUAGGGAAGAACAACAGAGGGAUGUCUCAAAAGCAGCCAGUCCAGAGUGGAAGACAAUAGCAGAAAACAUGAAGCUAACUCCGGAGAAGCACUUUUCUGAAGAGGCAUCAUCUCCUGGAAUGUUACUGGAGAGCUUUCAAGAGGAAAGAUCUAGAGACUGUGAAAACUCCUUAGAAAAUCAGCAGGAAAACUGUGAGAAACACCCAAUACGAGAGCUGGUCCCUCAGAAGAGGCUUUCUGCAGAGAGAAGUUACCAGUGUGAUGAAAUUAGAAGGAACUUUAGUCAGAAGUCUUUACUUGUUAAACAUCAAGGAGACAAACUUCGUGACUGUGGUUCACUUACAAAUUUUAAAAAUUCAGGUAUGAUUAAACAAGAGAAAACUUGUACAAGAAAGAAACCUUGGAAAUGCAAUGAGUGUGAGAAAGCCUUCAGUUACUACUCAGCUUUUGUCUUGCAUCAGAGAAUUCACACAGGAGAAAAGCCCUAUGAAUGUAAUGAAUGUGGUAAAGCAUUUAGCCAGAGCAUACAUCUUACUCUACACCAGAGAAUUCAUACUGGAGAGAAGCCCUAUGAGUGUCAUGAAUGUGGGAAGGCCUUCAGUCACCGAUCUGCCCUUAUUCGGCAUCACGUAAUUCACACUGGAGAGAAACCCUACGAGUGCAGCGAAUGCGGGAAGGCCUUUAAUCAGAGCUCAUACCUCACCCAGCAUCAGCGAAUUCACACUGGAGUGAAACCUUACGAAUGUAAUGAAUGUGGGAAAGCCUUCAGCCAAAGCACGUUCCUCACCCAGCAUCAGGUCAUUCACACUGGAGAGAAACCGUACAAGUGUAACGAAUGUGGCAGGGCUUUUAGUGAUUGCUCAGGCCUUCUUCAGCACCAGAGAACUCAUACUGGAGAGAGGCCUUAUGAGUGUAAUGAAUGUGGGAAGGCCUUUGGCUACUGUUCAGCCCUGACUCAGCAUCAGAGAACUCACACUGGGGAGAAACCCUAUAAAUGCAGUGACUGUGCCAAAGCCUUCAGCGACCGCUCAGCUCUUAUUCGUCAUCAGAGAACACACACUGGGGAGAAGCCUUACAAAUGUAAGGACUGUGAAAAGGCUUUCAGCCAGAGCUCAUCCCUGACAAAACACCAGAAAACCCACACUGGAGAAAAACCCUAUAUGUGUAAAGACUGUGGAAAGGCUUUUAGCCAGACUUCAUCUCUUUCUCAACAUCAGAAAAUCCAUGCUGGAGGGAAAAACAAAGUAUAUGGACAAACCUAUAAUGAGCAUUCAGUCUUUGGCCAACAAAAGAGAAUCCAUACUGGAUGAGUAUAUUCCAAGGGGUUUUGUUUUGUUUUGUUUUGUUUUGUUUUUGAGGAUUUGCCUUAUGUCAUGAGGGCUACAAACAAAUUUAAGACUAUUAUCUUUACUAAGAUAACUGCUGAUGUGGGACACAACUCACUUAGGCUGAGAAAGGAGCUUUUAUGUUUUUAAAAUAAUUACUGAACGAAAGUCACUAAAAAGAAAUUCUCUUCCAACCUUCUAAUGUGUGUGUGCACUGCCAAAUUCUUGAGAGAGUAGGCUAUAGCAUUGUGGAAAGAAGUCAUCUUACUUGUGGUAUAUAGUCUCUUAAUGCUGAGGAGAGAAAUUCUAAGGAAAUAAGUGGUCAUUUUAGGAAUAGAAAUAAAACAUUGAGAAUUCACAGUGAGUUUGCCCAGGAUCAGGAAUGGUAGAACAGUUGUCCUUCAGCCUUAAGUCCAAGAACACAAAAGAAGUACAUGGAAAGGACAGGGAAAACAGUUGAGGGGUGAAUCCAGGAAGUCUUGGUUGCAGUAACUCAGUGUUGAAAACCAGAAAAAAAAAAUAGUAGACUUGACAACUGAUGUAUGCAAACCUCAUGUGAAGGAGGGCAGCUUUGCCCUAAAGCAGAGGAAUAUUAGCAUGGGGACCAGUAUCUGCACUUUUUUGUCUUUAUAUCUUGCUUUUUAAGAUAUGUGCUAGGAAUCACUUUAAUCCCAAGGCUGAAGACUUACAGCUUAGUUAGUUUACAAAAGAGACCUUUGAUAUGUUCAGUGUGUUCUAAACUAUCUAAGUUACUGAAAAUACUUAUUUAUAAAGAUUUACCUCAGUUGUAAGUAGUUUAUACUUGAAUUGUUUUUUUUAUGCCAUAGAAAAUUUAAUUGAUAAAUAAAUAAAAAAUUUUUAAAAGGCGGGGAGGGGUUGCUGGAGAGAUGGCUCAGCUGGUAAGGACACUGGCUGCUCUUCCAGAGGUCCUGAGUUCAAUUCCCAGCACCCAUAUGGUGGCUCACAGCCAUCUAUACUGUAAUCUGAUGCCCUCUCCUUGCAACCAGGUGUACAUGCAAUUAGAGCACUCGUACAUAAAAUAAACAAAAUCUUUAAAAAGAAAGAAAGAAAGAAAAUUUAAUUGUAGAUUUGCACAGUCAAGUGAGAGCCUUGACUGAGAAGCUUGCCAUUCUCUGUUAUGCUCUUGGAGUAGGGGCAGGUGACUGUUGACACUUUAGUUGGAACUGUGAAGGCUAGUAUUGGAAGCAUUGUUCCGGUUUCACUGUGCUGUAUCUUGGUGUAGAUUUCUCUAAGUGGAUUUCUGUUUUGUAGUCAUUGAGCUGCUUCAAUCUAUAGGUUUAUAUCCAUUGCCAAACUCGAGGAAUCUUCAGCCUGAUACCAAUUCUUCAAAACACAUUUUUAGCCCACUACCCUACCUAUUUUCCAUUUCUGGAUUUGGAUAGUAUAAUUGUUAGAUAAUUAGUUUGUUUGUUCGUUUGGUUGGUUGGUUGGUUUGAUUUGGUUUGGUUUUUUGAGACAGGGUUUCUCUGUAUAGCUCUGGCUAUCCUAGAACUCUGCCCACCAGGCUGGCCUCAAACUCAUAGAGGUCUGACUGCCUCUGCCUCCCAAGUGCUGGAACUAAAGGCCACACACAUCUGUUAAUUUUUAAGUCAAUUUUUUUUUUGUAUUAGUCUUCUUGAUCUGCUGAAACAAAAAUCUCUUCGUUAAGAUGACCUAAGGAAAGAGUCUCCCAGAGUUCUGGAGGUUGAGGAGUGCUCUGACUCCAUUUCCUGCCAGGCUUCUGUUUUUGACUCACAGGCAUCUGCUUUGCCCUUUUGGUUUUCUAAGGGUAUUACAUAGCAUGUAGUCCAAGCUGGCUUCAAGUAUUCUAUGUAGCUGAAGAUGUUGUUGAAUUCCUCAUCCUCAUGCGUCCCCUCCCAACAUGCUGGUAUUAUAGGCGUGUAACUUUAUGUCAUCUUGAUGAUGUAUGGCUGUCUUCUUGAUGUGUCUUCUCACAGACUUUUGUUGGAGCGUGUGCAGGAUAAGAGAGAUACCUUUCCCGUUAUAUGAUGAGUCCAUGAGUCCUAUUGGACUAGUACCCUACUCGUAUAACCUCACUUAGCCUUAAUUACAUCCAUAAAGUCCUGUUUCCAAACACAGUUUACACUAGGAUCCAGGCCUUCUGUACACAUGAUUUUUUUUUUAAGAUUUAUUUAUUUAUUUAUUUAUUACGUAUACAAUGUUCUAUCUGCAUGUACACAUGCAGGCCAGAAGAGGGCACUAGAUUUCAUUAUAGAUGGUUGUGAGCUACCAUAUGGUUGCUGGGGAUUGAACUCAGGACCUCUGGAAGAGCAGCCAGUGCUCUUAGCCUCUGAGCCAUCUCUCCAGCCCCCAAUACAUGUGUUUUAAGGAGACACAAUUAAUUUUUUUGUCAUGCUACUCCUGCUGCUUUCCGCCAAAUUUAUAUCCAUGCAUGACAUCCAUUCACUCUGCUCCAGCAGCUCCCAAACUCAAAAAUUCCAGUCCCAGCUAUAAAGUGUUAAGUCCAGAGUUUGGUCUGUCACCUGAAUCACAUAUGACUGAGAUGUUUGAUUAUGCAUCCUAAUCUGCGGAACUGAGUUAUGUAUUUCUAAAAUAUGGUAGGACAGGUAUGCCAACACUGAGGGAUAGAAAUGUCAGUGAAGGAAUGAGUGAUAGAUGCAAAGCAAGUUCAAAACCUAGCAAAUUAAACUAGAUUGUAAGAUAUGAUAAUAGCCCUUAUGGUUAAUUCACAGCCUAUGGACCUCUUGGUGUGACAAUCCUUCCAUGGCUCUUCCAGACAGCCCCAUCUCCAGGGCUCUGCUGGGCAGGCUUAGCUGUCAGAUUUAAAUUUAGUGCCAUCCCGCCUGUUGAAGCCAAGAUGAACUAGUUGAAUUUGCCUAUGAGCUAUCCUCAUCCUUGUAUUAGCCCAUAUGCUAUGCCCAUUAUCUUAUCAAAUGACUGUUUGGACACAGCACUGGCAUUCUCUCCCUAACAAACUCAGUUUUGCCCACGUGAGUAGAAUUUCCCCAUAUCUUUGGAUUCUCAUUCCUUCUUGAUUAACAUCCCAGUGUUGGUUCAUCUCUCCCAUCUUAACUAUAAGCAGUGAGACUGUACUCUUCAGUUUUAGUAUUUUAUUUAGAAAUUGCUGCUAAAUAGCCAGCAAUCACUCUCAGCUUCUUUCACAAAACACUAGCGUGUGCAUCAGACAAAUUUAACACUACAAAAAGGUCAAGGUUCCAAGAGCAUGUUCCUCAUUGCCAUCCAAGUCCUCACCAGAGUAGCCUUUACAUUCUCUGCGUACCUCUUCACAUUCUCUAUGUCACCCUCCUGGCCUCUACCCACUCUCCUGUUGCAAAGGUGCUUUGACAUGUUUAAUGUUUGCUAUAGCAGCAUCACUUUUUUUUUUUUUUUUUUGGUACCAGGAUCCUCAGGAUGCCAUAACAAAAUACUAUGGAUUGCGUUGCUCAAAUGUAAAUAAAUAAAUAAAUAAAAUAUAAAUCUCACAGUUCUGGAGGCUAGAAGUUCAAAAUCAAGGUCCAACAAAGUUCAGUAUCUGGUGAGAGCACUCUCUCUUUGAAGAUGAUCGUCACAUGACCUUACCCCUGUACGUAGGGAGAGAGACCUGUCCCCUGCUUUUAUAAGGCCAGCAGCCCAAGUUGACUAAGAUCUUACUCCAUGACCUCUUUUAGCUGUAAUUGCCUCUUAAAAGCCCGUCUUCAGAUACAGUCACAUUGGAGGCUUGUGAUAGCUUUUCUUGGUUGUCAACUUGACUAUAUCUGGGUUUACCUAAUGCCUAAAUGACUGGGCGCUUGUGAUGGCUUUUCGUUAAUUAACUCCUUUGAAGUGGGGAAAACCCACUUCUAAUCAGGAUCUUUGAUAUGGGAAGAUCCACUUUUAAUCUGGAUGACACCUAGUGGCAGCCUGUAUAAAGGACAUGAAGAAAGGAAGCUGGCUCUUUCCCUACUUGCACUCUUGCCAGCAAAUUUUUUGUUUGUUUGUUCUGUUUUGUUUCCUUCACUGGCUUUAGAGCCUGCCGCUCUGGGAUUUCAGAAUAUAACGAUGACCAGCUGCGACAUCCCACCUCAUGGAUGGGAAAACUCCUGGAUUCUUGGACGGAAUUCCUGGUGGUAGACAUCUAAUAGUGGGAUGGCUGGACCACAGCCUGUAAGCCACUUUAAGAAAUCAUAUGAAAGAGAGGGAGACAGAGAGAGAUUCUGUAAGUUCUGUUCCUCUAAAGAACCCUGACUAAUACAAGGAUAGAGUUUCCACAUAAUGAAUUGAUGGGGUCGGGGACAGAUCGAUGCAAUUCGAUCCCUUGUUAUUUUAUCUGUUGAUCAUAUUAGAUAUUUUCUUUGUUCUGUCCUCAGUCCAUAGCCAGUUUUUCCUCCUUCCCACGUGUGUGUGCCCCCUAGAAUCUUGCCAGGCAUUUGUAACAUCCAUGCCACAUUAGUGUGUUGGACAUCUGUGAAUUACCUUUUCAUUCAGGUUAAGAUUUUCUUGGUCUUGGAGUGAGAGUGAUUUUAUGCUGAAAUCUGGAUAUUUUGUGUAUUACAAGAGUCAAUAUUCUACUUAAAUCUUCCGCCUUGGCAGGCCUGCGCUGACAUCCCUCUGGUGGAGAAAGGGUUGAGGUAUCCAUGUUGCCUUGUUCUCCACUGGCACCAUGGUAGGGGACAACAAUUCUGCUGGGGUGGGGGAGGGUUUGUAGCUCCCCAUUCGUGCCACCCUGUCUAGGAAAUCCAUGAAUGUCGUGCCUACCAGUAUUAGGGUAGGAUGAGAUGCCCUUAUUACUGUGGGGCAAAUCCUGACUAAGCCUCCCUGCUGCCAUUAAGGCUGAGCAAGGGAUGUCUUGUCUCUGGGUAGUUUUGGAAGCCUCAUCCCUUCAUAUGUCCUCCACUGGCAUUGGUGAGGAGGGAGCUGAGGUAGGGUUUCAAAAGCUGGCCCCUUGAUCUCUGACCCCCCCCACACACAGGGUUGGGUGGAGAGUGGAGAGGCUCCCCAGGUAGCCCUUGCUGGUAGGAAAAGGGCUGCAUUUCUUCUUGUGCUAAAACUGGGCAUUAUUGUCUAAAAGUUUUCUGUCCUGCUGGUCUGCUUCCUUCCUGACCCAUUUUCUAGGAAGAGUAAGUAGACUUUUCUUGGGCCUUUAAAAAUCAACCUCCCCCUCUUCUCUCUUUCUCUCCAACUCUGCAUUUUGUGUGUGUGGGGGGGGUUGGGAGGAGUUGCCAGCUUUCCCAAAAAACAGUUUGUGAUACAAGGAAAAAAAAAAAAAGUUUCAAGGAAUUCUGCUGUGGGCUCCCUCAGGUGUCUAGGUCCUUGACCAUUUCAUCUGUCUCCACCUGUUAGAACCUUCUUAUGUUUGUUUUAUCCAGCUUUCCAGUGGACUUGAACUCUUAGGGAAAACAGCUGCUGCUUUUCCUCGCCAUCCUUGCCCUGGGCACUGACACAGCAGGUGGAGCCCUGUGGCGCACAGCCCCCAGGUCUCUGGCAUACAGAUGGCAGUGCGGAAUGAGCAGCUGGAACUGGAAUGGUCCCUGGUCCCCGCAGAUAGGCUCCUGUGUGGGAACUACAUGCUGCUCCCUCUAGCUCUGGGGGAGCUAUACUUUUUUCAGUUGAAACAGCAGUGUUUACUUUGUGCGUUGCAAACUUGAGAAGGAAAGAUAGCUACAAUUGUGAAUGUAAACUGUAGUUUACAUUAUUUGUAAACUACACAUAUUUUUAUUUGUAUCUUUACUCCCAAAAUGCCUAGGAACCAUUGGCAAAUUGAAUUUACGUUUUUCAAUUGGAUCUAUUUUUCCCAAUUAUGUAUUACUUAUAUAUGGCUAUCAGUUCAUUUGAAUUUGAUAUUAUAGAGAACCAACGAACGAAAUUAAGAAGAUAAUUGAUAUUUGAGACAAGUCCCUUCAUGUUUGAAAUAUUUAUGUAAGUAUUUUUUAAAAGUCAUGCCUACUUCGUAAUGGCUAGAACUAGGUAGAGACUGGGUGUAAAAGUGAUUUGUAAACUACCAAGUGCUAUAUAAUUAUUAGCUAUUGUUGAUACAGUCAUUUAUAUGACAUGUCCAUUCUGUAUUCUUUGUGAUGGUGUAUGUAGCUCAAUAAAAAUGACUGUCAAUAUAA